CCGUGAACCAGAUGAAGAUUGACUUUACACGCUUGGAAAGUUGAUUGAAACAAGCAAGUGAUCUCCUGCUUAAAUUAACUAACGCAUAAAUAUAACGUCAACCCAAGCCAAAGCAAAUCCGCUAUUGCGCACCUAACAGUUCUCCUUUUAAUUCCCCACAUCGUUGAAGUAUUAAAAAUAAAAAUAAAUAAACUCCAAAGCCAUAUAUAUAUAAGACCCACACUUCCUAUUCCGCAUGAUCAUAUCCAACAAACCUCAUUUUGUAUCAACCAAUUAGUAAGCAAAUUUUUUAAUCAUCUCAGUUGUUUUCCUUUCCCAAAUUAAAGUACUCAAAAUUCUCUUGAGCCUCGUAAAGAAAAUGUCUCUCAGGGAAAGACGAGUAACUUCAAAUCCUGACUCUAACAACACCCCUGAAUCAUCUGAAACCUUAAUACCUUCAAAAACUCCCUCAAACGUUUCACCAUCUUUUUACCAACGUGCAUUGCAAACCACAGCACACUUAUCCAACCUCCUUCCUACAGGUACCCUUUUAGCCUUUCAGCUCCUCACACCAAUCGCCACCAACAACGGAUCAUGCGACGCCGUGACCCGAUCCAUGACCUCCAUCAUCCUCAUCGUACUUGGUCUUUCUUGCUUUCUCGCUUGUUUCACUGAUAGCUUCAAAGCGACGGAUGGACAGGUCUACUACGGUUUUGCGACCCGGAAAGGGCUGUUUGUGUUUGAUUAUCCCGCGGCUUCGGCUUCAGGUCUGCCUGGGGAUCUAAGCAAGUACAGGCUGAACUUCAUAGAUGUGAUUCAUGCGGUUCUUUCGGUGCUUGUGUUUGUGGCUGUAGCUUUAAGGGACAAAAAUGUUGUUGGUUGCUUUUAUCCGGCGCCUGAGAAGGAGACUCAGGAGGUAUUGGAUAUUGUUCCUGUUAGUAUUGGUCUCAUCUGCAGCUUGCUUUUUAUGAUCUUUCCUACUAGACGCCACGGUAUAGGUUUUCCUGUUACCUCUGAUUAGAUGAUUGUGUUUUAUCUUCAUACCUUUAGUAAUUGUAAAGCAGACGACAUCUAAUCUGCUAAUUCAACUGUUUUUCUAUGAUACGAACGAUAGGUGACAAUCAAAUCGUAUUUGAUAUAUUUACAGGUUGACGUUCAUCAAAAUUGUAUUAAUUUUAUGUUUGUAUCAAAUUCGUGUUACACACAAG